AUGAGCGAAAAGAACCCCCUCGGAAACGAUUGGGCCCAGCCGCGGCCCAAAUCUCGCAUCAGCAAAUGGAAGGUGUUUGGCGCAGGCGCGCUCACAGUCGCUGCUUUGCAUUGGUUCACCCCUCGCAUGUCAAUGCACUGCCCACAUAAUCAUCAUCCCCACAGUCAGCAUAUGACAUAUGCUGGUGAGAACAUCGAAUGGAAGCCAUGUGGAGAGAUCAGCAACCGUCCUCUCGAGUGCAGCGACAUUGACGUGCCGAUGGAUCAGUUCAAUCCUCACGCUAGCAACAAGACCUUCAACAUAGCAAUCGCCAGACUGCGCGGCAAGGACGGAAGCCCCAAUCUGCUUCUUAACCCUGGUGGACCUGGCGGCAGCGGCUUUGAGUUCCUUCAUAGGAGGGGAGAGCUACUUACCACUAUCGUUGGUGACGGUAUUCAUCUCCUCACCUUUGAUCCUCGCGGUAUCAACUCAUCAACUCCGCUGGCGUCAUGCUAUCCCACCAAAGAGGCGCGUCAAGAACUCGGGCCUGUUCAUGAUCUGGACAUGUCCAAGGAUGGCCCCGAAGUAUUCGCCUGGGCACACAACUAUGUCAGGGCUUGUGAGGACACGAUGGGUGAGCAUGGAAAGUACAUCAACACUCCUCAAACCGCUGCCGAUAUGAACAGCAUUCUGGAUGCUGUUGGACAAAAGGAUAUGUACUACUGGGGUUUCAGCUACGGAACUCUCUUAGGCCAAACAUACGCCACUCUGUUUCCCGAGCGAUCUCACCGAGUCAUCAUUGAUGGAGUGGUCAACCAAUUCCUCUGGUACAAGGCCCGUCUCGACGAGGAGGAUCUUGUCGACACUGAGAACGUUUUCGACGGACUACUCAAGGAGUGCUUCAAGUCUGGGGAUGCCUGUCCAUUGUUUUCACUGGCAGAUUCUUGGCAAGGCCUCAAGAAGAAGUUUGUCUCUUUCGUCGGCGAUCUGAAGGAGCAGCCGAUGAAUGUAUACGUCAACAACAGCGUGUACGGUCUGCUAGAUUACCAAAAGAUCUGGUAUGGAGCGCUGUUUCCAGUUCUCUACAAGCCUGAGAGGUGGUACAUGUUUGCCGAAAAGAUGGAACAACUUCUGCGUGGUAACGCGACACCAGCUUUGAUGGAAUACGGACUUGACGGACAAGGCAACAGCGAUGCUCUCUACACCAUUUCGUUGAACGAUGGACUAGCAGGUCCUGAGCACUGGCCGCAAGAUCUCGACUCCCUUCUCGAGAUUGUCACGCCUACCUUUAACCGCAGCGUCUUUGCCCCAGACGAUCUGGUCUACCUCUUUGCCAAACAACAAUGGCGCAUUCCCAAGACGCACAACUACGUCCCGCGCAAUGGUGUGCAGACUGCCCAUCCUCUCCUCAUCUUGACAACAUCUUAUGAUCCCGUGUGUCCUAUCGUCUCAGCCCGAAGCGCCCUUGCCGCAUUCGAAGACUCGCGCCUUGUCGAGGUCAAGGGCUACGGACACUGCUCUGUCGCGGCUCCAUCGCUUUGCCUCGCCAAGCACGUUCGAGGAUUCCUCUACAAUGGAACUCUGCCUUCUGCAAACGAGACGCAGUGUGAGGUUGAUGGGCCGUACUUUAAGCCAAACGGAUCAGCCAGUGUGCUGACCUUUGAGAAUGCUGAAGACGAGGCGAUUCAUCUCGCGCAGGUUGAGUUGGCGCGAGAUGCUGAUUGGCCUCGACCAGCCCGACUGUGA